AAGUCAGUUUGGGUUUAGUCAGUCGUAAGAGAACCGUCGCGCUGCGCACAUCGAACGGCACCUGGUCUCCUCAGCAACUGAUUAGAUAUCAAUUCUCAAUACUGUUUCGUUUUAGUUGUUAAUCGUUCGUUCCAAGCUUAGACUUGGAGUGUGUUCGACCCAAAAGGGUUCGGUGAAUUCCUGGAGAUCUGUGAAGGGUGCUCGGCGUUAGAUUUCAAAGUUUUCGCGAGUGGUUUGUCGUGGUGUUUAAGGUGAAACCGCACUCGACAUCGCCUGAUCGACUACAAUUAUUUCUGGCAACACCAGAUUUAUGGCAUACUUCGUUCGCGAUUCGGUUGUUGUACUGUCAUUCUGGCCUUGUUUGUUUUGAACCAUCUCCGUCCGCCCAGACAUCCUCAUCUAGUAGCCAUAGCCAAACUGUAUGGAUGUGUAAAUGCUUGGCUGAGGGCAUCGAGACGGACAAACCAUUGAGGGAGAGCGAGCGCGUGUGAGAGAAAGUAGCGAAUAGCAUUAUUGGAGUAAAUCGGAGCGAAUUUGACACUCGCUAGGAAACUGGCAGGGGAGAACGCCAUACGCACCGAAAGGAAUAACGCAAGGAUAUUUUGUAACCCAAAGGAAAGCAGAAAAAGAGCAUAAACGAGUUUCGCUGUGCAGAAACGGAGCUCAAGUGUUAUUUAGUGUUUAUAUAGGUUUAAUUCGAUUAAUCCUAGUGAGACAAUAGUUUUCGUUGGAUCCGGGAGUAGUUCCAACGAUAUCCAAGAUGAAUAAGCUAGACUACGAUGUUGAUUGCUUAGAAAUAAGUGACGACCUGAUAAGCAUGGCCGAGGACAAUACACUAGGUGACUUCUCACAUAUCGACGACGAGCUGCAGUUUGUGAAAAAUGACGGAAUGCUAGCACUAAGAUUAAUUCAAGUGGCAGAUAGUUUAGACUCACCCAACUUUAUCACCGGAUCACCAGCAAAUUCCUACCCAACGCUAACCAACUCCAGCAGCGAUCCUAAUCAAUGCUCAUUCUUUGUGAUCAAAAAGAAUAACGACAACGUGAAACAGAGUAGGCCUGCCGUGAAUAUCAGCCGGACGGGCCCAAGGCCGAUUGACUGCCCCUCUGACACGAACCUGAACCGAAAGCAGCAACGAGAUGACAGGCGGCGGGCGAACCACAACGAAAUUGAGCGAAGGCGAAGGGACAAGAUCAACAACUGGAUCCACGAGUUGAACAAGAUCAUCCCGGCGGAGCAUAUGAACAGCCCCUCGUCGGACCCGCAGCAGAACAAACAGAACGGUGGCCAGGGCGACAACCUCUCGAAGGGUGGCAUCCUGGCGAAAGCCUGCGAAUACAUCACCCGGCUGAAGGACACCAGCGACAAACUAACCGAGUGCCUUGCCGAAAAAGAUCAGAUCCUGCUGGAGAACCUGCAGCUCAAGGAAAGCAUCAACCAGCUUCUGGCGGAGAACAAGCGACUACAGUCGGAACUGCAGUUUGCCCUGGCCACCAACGUUAAAAUAGAGUCGUAGCCAUCGUCGAAAAGUCAUUAUCAUGUUAUCAUAGUCUAAGCGAAACCUCUAGGUAUUUAAAAGCCCGUUGAACGAGCGCGAACGAGACACGAGAGUGCAAGAAGCGAGAAAGAGAGAGAAUAUUACCUAUACACACAUAUACAUAUGUGGGUGUGCGAGUGGCGUGGUGUGUCAGGAGGUCCAAACGCUGUGCGAUCAGACUCCCGAAAUCUGCACACACUCUCAAGCAAACGCACACAUACACACACAUACAUGUGAGAGUUGAAUCGGAGAGAAUCAGUAAUUGUAAGUAUUCGUCAUAAUUAAUUAAUCAAUCGAUUUACCAUAUUACAUAGUGUUAUUUGUUAUAUUACUAUUAUUGCAUUGAAGAAAACAAGUCAAAAAUAACGAAAAAAAUAAGACAAACUGAGAGAAACGAGACAAAGUGAGAAACACAAAACACAAGAACGGAGCUAUCGAAAUAGAGCGAAACUAUUCAAGAAACGAACAAAAAAUCCACACAUAUUGUUGAACCCGUAUAAUUCAGAGAAACUAGCAAACACGUAAACCUACCCACAGAACAUUCAAUAAUCUAAUCGUCGUUGUCGUCAUCGUCAAUAUACCACCAAACCAACCAACCACCAAUCAACCAAA